AUGAGCGAUUUGGGAUUUUCAGUGACGACUCUUCUUUCAACAAAUCCCACCCGAAGUUAUAGUCAAACAAUAAGAAUCUCAAUAACACCGGAGCUGCAAGGUACUGUCUCGCAAAACUACUCGUCCGACCCGAUUGAUGCUAACUUUUGGCGUCCGGAGGACGAGGAGGAAGGGCCAAGGAGGUCAAGAGGCGCAUCGUUGGCACACAUGCUCCAGGCGAUGUGUCCUUUAUUGGAGGAGGACGAGAAUGCUCAAAAGAGAAUUGAUAACAACAUCGACACGAUAACUCUGCGACCAGUAGAUAGAGUUAAUUUUGAUCUGCUUGAUGGGAAAAUCGAGAUCGAUCACCUCGAGGAGGCCUUCAAAUAUGAGAACAUCGAAAAGAGAAUGUUGGGCUCUGGUCACUAUGGAUUCGCAUAUAAGGCGAGUUACGGAGGAGUCGAGUGUGCCGUUAAGCAGCCAAGAAGAGAUCGUCACGAAGAAAAUUACAAAUCAAUGGUGAAGGAAAUCAAGAUCAUGGCCUACAUUACCUCAAAACAUUUUCACCCCAACUUGCUCUUCUAUAUAGCUGGCGAUUUGGGGGAAGAAAAUAGAAAGAACAUUUGUCUCCUCACGGAGCUGUGCGACACCAGCUUGUUUAAAUGGCUUUCCAAAGCUAAAACGGAAACUUUCAACAACGAAUGUUUUCGAGAAAUCGACCUGUACAAUGACUUUGACCAAUAUCGAACUGUUUACAUGGUUGAACACAAUGCGGGAUUCGGACCAAAAGAAGUUGCAUUUUAUUCAACGACCACUUUUACAGCACUUUUAUACCAGAUAGCCCUUGGUAUGCUGGCGUUGAGCAAAAUCCCUUGUUGUCACCGAGAUCUGGCGACAAGGAACGUUCUUUUGCUCAAAAGUGGCAAUGUUUUGAUAGCUAAAAUUGCCGAUUUCGGAUUAGCAAAAAAGUUGGAAGAUACACACUACAGUGCCGCGGGCCUAGAAGGACUACCCAUUAACAUAAUGAGUCCGUCAGCUCGAGAGUACAGGCGAUUCUCCGUAGCCUCAGACAUUUGGGCCUAUCAUCAACUUAUAAUUGCCGUAUUUGUGUUUGAGGGUGUUCAAAAGAAAAAUAGCUAUGAAGUGCUCGUUCAACGUUGUCAUCACGAAAUACAAGACCUGCUUGAACGCGGCAUGCUCAAGAAUAAGAAGAAACGACCGACUUUCGAGGAAUGUGUGGAAGUGAUGAGAAAUCACCUUCAACGGUUGAACCCCGAGUUGCUGGCAAGUAUUGAUGCUGAACUCCAGAAAUUGAGCCAACGACGGACUCACAAUAUUUUGCAUACUUUA